CCUCCUCGGACUCGAGAGGCUCUGCGCCCGCCGUCGCCUCAGCCUCCUGGCCCUUGAGACCCUGCGCUCCUAGCUGACCCAGAGGAACCGCCAUCCUCUCUGCGGCCAGGACCAACUCGGGUGCCACGCGCCUCCGCCGCCACUCACCCACCGCCCACCAUGACCCCGCAGCAAACAGGUAUCGGGAAGCGGAAAGCGCCCGCAGUCGAAGCUGGCGCCGGGAGCUCGUCGUCUCCGGGGGCGGCGGGGGACGGAGAGGGGCCGCUGCUGCCCAAGAAGCAGAAGCGGCUGGAGACGCGUCACUCCCUGGUGCACUACCUGAGGGGCCGCGAGGUGGGCGCGGGGGACCGCGCGGGGCUCCCGGGCUUCGAGGGCGAGCUGAGCAGCUACGCGGCACGGAGGCUGCCGGAGCUGCUGACAGAGCGCCAGCUGGCCCUGGGCACCCUCAACAAGGUGUUCGCGUCGCAGUGGCUGAACGCCAGGCAGGUAGUGUGCGGCACCAAGUGUAACACGCUUUUCGUGGUGGACGUGCAGUCGGGCCACAUCACACGCAUCCCCCUGCUGCGGGACAGGGUGGCAGGGCUAGGCCGGGCCCAGCCGGGUUGCGGCAUUCAUGCCAUCGAGCUGAAUCCCUCCAAGACCCUUCUGGCCACCGGGGGCGAAAACCCCAACAGCCUGGCCAUCUACCAGCUGCCCACCCUGGACCCCGUGUGCCUGGGCGACCGCCACGGCCACAAGGACUGGAUCUUCGCCAUCGCCUGGCUGAGUGACACCGUGGCCGUGAGCGGCUCUCGCGACGGCACCGUGGCGCUCUGGCGGCUGCACCCGGACAUGUUCCAGGGCAGCAUUGCCCAGCACAACGAUGUGGGGCUCCCCGUGUACUCCCACAUCCAUCCGAUGGAUGUAGAGGCCAUCCCCAGGGCCAGCAUCAACCCCAAUAACUGCAAAGUGCGAGCGCUGGCCUUCAGUGGCAAGAACCAGGAGCUGGGAGCGGUGUCCCUGGAUGGCUACUUCCACCUGUGGAAAGCCCGGAGCACCCUGUCCAGGUUACUGUCGCUCAGGCUGCCCUACUGCCGAGAGAAUGUUUGCCUGAACUACUGCGAUGAGUUGUCCCUGUACGCGGUGGGCUCCCAGUCCCAUGUCUCCUUCCUGGAUCCACGCCAGGGCCAGCAGAAUAUCCGGCCCAUGUGCUCUCGUGAGGGCGGCUCGGGAGUGCGUUCUCUGAGCUUCUAUCAGCACGUUGUCACUGUGGGCACAGGCCAUGGCUCCCUGCUCUUCUAUGACAUACGCGCGCAUAAGUUCCUGGAAGAGAGGGCCUCAUCCAACCCGGACUCCCCUCCAGGGUCUGCAGGGAGGAAACUCAAGCUCAUCUGUGGCAGAGGUUGGCUCAGCCAUGAUGACCUGUGGGUGAACUACUUUGGUGGUGUGGAAGAGUUCCCCAAUGCUCUCUACACCCACUGCUACAACUGGCCUGAAAUGAAGCUUUUCGUGGCUGGGGGGCCUCUCCCUUCAGGCCUCCAUGGAAACUACGCAGGCCUCUGGAGCUAAGCAUGGCUGCCUCGUUCUCUAAGUGCACAAAUUUACUUUUCAGUUCAGUCUAAUUUUCCUUCCUGAUGCUCUUUUUUCGUGCUUUUGAUGCUGUGUGGCUUUUGUCUUCUAGGUAUAAUUGACCUAACUUAACCAACCUGUGCCCCUCCAAGCAGAGAGAGAGAUCCUCUGGUCAAUCAAAACUUGGUUUUAAGACUUCUGCUCCUCCCCAACACCUUCUUUUUGCCUUCUCACACAAGGAAUUUUUGCUAAUCUUUAGUUGCAUUUUCUCUUUGAAUAAGUCACAUACUCUCUUUCUUUAAUGGGGUCAUGGUCUUUCGGUUACAUAUAGUUUCUUUUUUUCUCAUUGCCAGUAUUACAACAGGAUUGUUUUUAUUUUUCAUUUCAGUUAUGUGAUGUGUACUGUUAGAACAUUUUCUAAUAAACAGGGUGUUUGUAUAUCUGUUCUGGAGAGCUAAUCGUAGUUUUAUAGCAGU